UUAACUGGUAAAUUAUUCAUGAACCCCACAAACAAUUUUAAGUAGUAUCAUCGUCUCACACCCCCUCCAGUACAGGUAUCGCGGAAGUGACGUCACGGAGCGCGGAAGGAGGGGGGGAUGAAGCGUUCCAGAGAGCAAGAUGGCAGCAAAAUCCGAUGGCGUGGGGGUCGUUACCGGUUUCGCCCAGCUGCACAACCUGGACGAGGCGGCCGGCGACGAGGAUCCGCUGGACAGCACGGCUAUACACAUCUGCCACUGCUGCAACACGUCCUCGUGCUACUGGGGCUGCAGGAGCGCGUGUCUGCAGUCGCUGCUGGGAGACAGGGCUGCUGCUGCUGCUGCUGCUGGAGAAGGAGGAGGGGGAGGCAGGCGGCCGCAGCAUCAGCAUCAGCACCAGCCGGAGGAGCGCCUGUGGCUGGACUGCCUCUGGAUCGUCCUCGCGCUGCUCGUCUUCUUCUGGGACGUCGGCACGGACUUGUGGCUGGCCUUGGACUACUACUCCAAACGGGACUAUCUGUGGUUCGGGCUCACGCUGUUCUUCGUGCUGGUGCCGUCGGUGCUGGUCCAGAUCCUGAGCUUCAGGUGGUUCGUCCAGGAUUACGCCGGCGGCGGGCUCGGGGCCGUGGAGGGGCUCAGCAGAAAAGCCACGGCGGAUCUGAGCUCGCGCAUCUACGGCAGGGACAGGUGCUGUGUGAUCUCCAUUUGGAUCUGGCAAGCUUGCGUGCACAUCCUUCAGAUGGGACAAGUGUGGAGGUAUAUCCGCACGAUGUACCUGGGCAUCCAGAGUCGACGGCAGAAGGAACACAGGCGGCGCUUCUACUGGGCGAUGAUGUACGAGUAUGCUGAUGUCAACAUGCUCCGGCUGCUGGAGACGUUUCUAGAGAGUGCCCCCCAACUGGUGCUACAACUCUGUAUAAUGAUCCAGAAGAACCGGGCCGAGUGGCUGCAAUGUGUCUCCUCCGUUGCCUCCCUUCUCUCUCUGGCCUGGGUCCUGGCUUCGUACCACAAGCUCCUGCGCGACUCCAGAGACGACAAAAAGAGCAUGAGCUACAGAGGCGCGCUGAUCCACAUCUUCUGGAGGCUUUUCACCAUAUCCUCACGGGUGCUCUCCUUCGCCCUCUUCGCUUCCAUCUUCCACAUCUACUUCGGCAUCUUUGUGGUCGUGCAUUGGUGCGCCAUGGCGUUCUGGAUCGUGCACGGCGGCACGGAUUUUUGCAUGUCCAAAUGGGAAGAGGUGCUCUUCAACAUGGUGGUGGGCAUCGUCUACAUCUUCUGCUGGUUCAACGUGAAGGAGGGCCGAACCCGAUACCGCAUGGUGAUCUACUACUUCGUGGUGCUUGCCGAGAAUACGGUGCUAACUUGCCUGUGGUACGCCUACCGAGACCCGGUCACCACCGACUCCUAUGCAGUGCUGGUGCUCUGCGGGGUUUACCUGACCUUCGCCUCAGGGGUGGUUUUCAUGGGCAUCUACUACGGGUUCCUUCAUCCGAUGGGACCUAAAAUAAGGGUGCUAGCCAGCUCCUGUUGUGCCGAGCUUCUCUGGGGACUCCCGUUACCCCCGGAGGCUGAGCCCAUGGCGCCCACCCCUGGACCGCGAGCGUCCCAACCCACUCCCACCCGGGCUUCCAUGGGGGCCUUUGGCCAGCAGGACGACGCCUCGGCGGACACCUGCCUGCCCGUGUUUCAGGUGCGCUCGCCUGAGCCCACCACUCCCUUGGGCCGCUACCGGCCGGAGGGUCCUCUGAUCAAGAUCGACAUGCCCAGGAAACGCUACCCGGCCUGGGACGCGCACUUUGUGGACAGGCGCUUGCGAAGGACGAUAAACAUCCUGCAGUUCAUCACGCCCGCCGCCGUCGGGAUCAGGUACAGGGACGGACCGCUGCUGUACGAGCUCCUGCAGUACGAGUCGUCCCUGUGACGUCUGCCACGUUUCGCGAAAUGCAUGCCAUUUUGGUUUCCGUACUUGUGUGUAAAAGAGUGUAAGCAUCGAGCAUUGCACAUUUUUCUUUGACGUGAAAAGCCUCCAGAAGAUGUGUAUAUAUUUUGUAUGUAUAUACGGUCUCUUUUUUACAAUAUCCGUUUAGAAGGGAUAUGUAUGCGUCAUGGUGUUUACAGCCUGCGGAAACCAUUACAUUGGAAAAAUGGAGAUUGGUUGACCACAUCAACACCGCCUUGUGCGUUUCUUUUAACAGCUUUUAUUAAUCUGUACUAGCUGAUCUGAUAUUUGCGUUGAUCGAUAUGUUCAAGUGGUGGUUGGUUUAUAGACAAAAAGCGCCUGCUAUAACCUAGAUUUUCCACUUGUGAUUUGCAUUGAUGAUGCAAUCAGAAGUCACUACUUUUCGGUAAGAGCUCUACGAGCAAACUACAGUAGAGGGAUAUGACCUCUAGUGAAUUAAUCGCUGUAUGCGCCCCUUUACACUGACCUCUGACAAAAAUCCAAGUGGCAUUCAUUGUCUGUUUGCCUUAAAAUCUGUAUUUAGUUUGUUAAAGUGUCUUGAUUAUUGCAUUCUUUGGUUAUUAAAGAAAUACCUCAUUGACUCUGUAUAGCACAGUUCAAAUCCAUUAAAUCCUUUGCACAAUAAGUAUGGUUAAUAUUGCACUGAGAAUCAGGUUAGAUCUGUUUAGUGGGAAUUUAUAUUAAGAAUUAAAUAAUAAAAGCACACAGCUCUUGGGCGGUUUUGAAGGAGCAGUUUUGUUCAGAGAAUAGCACAUUGAAUUGAUUGAUUUUUCCUCAAUUAUUGGGAUGUUUUUGUUUCCCGGCUUUGUUCACACCGCGAGCCAAAAUUCAGCUCCUUAAAUGAUAUGUAUUAUUUAUUGUUCUAACUUAAUAUUAUUGUUUAUAAUUUAUUGCAUUACUAGAAAUGAUACGUUUAUUAGAAUUUACCAGGUUUAGCAUCAUUCCACUGACCAAGUGUGAAAAUGUGCAAUUAUGACGCACGUCGAGAUCGAUUGGUUGAGUGGAAAACACAUCAGAUUCAGCUGCGGUGUGAACAUAGCGCAUGUUUUAUCUCAUCAGACAUAAGCACAGAAAACCCUCGACAAGGUGGCGUUGUAUGACUGGUCCUCUCCAUUAUUUCAACCUCCUUUUGAGCAUUUAGACUGCAUAGUGUGCAUACAGUUACUACUCUCAUCUGUUUGUCUGGUCUCGUCAUCCAAAAUUCCAAGUAAUAAACUUGUGAGGUGCAGAAAUGUGGCUGCGGUUCUCCGAGGAACCCUGGCCCACAUAUUUUUCCUAUGUGUAAUGACUUAAUUGUCAGUUUUUUAACGUUUAUUUUAUUCUAAGGUGCAACAAGAUGCUAAGCUAAUGGCAUUUGAAGUUAUCUUUGCCUGAAUAUACCUGAGUGUAUUUACACAAGUAACCUUGGCAGAGUCUCACCAGGAGGACUUUGCGAUCAUUUGAGAAGAGGAUGAUAAUUGCCUCAGCACACAGGGCUCGCUGCCGCCCGCAGCGUGAAACAAAGCCAAAUCACAUCCUCUACUGUAACAGUCUCUCUCUGCUAUUGGUGCAUCCAGCCGCCUGUCAAAGUCGUCCUCCUUGCUGAUUGGUGCUUAUAGUGAAGCAUUUGUUUCUUGCUAUCUAAGCAUGCACUUUGUUUUUUGGUGCUACUCUGAUUAUUUUGCCAUGUGAAAACUGUGGGAUUAUUAAAA